UAAAUUGCUCAUACGACACGCUGUACGAGGCAAAUUCUUAUUUGCCAGGCACAAAGGGAAAGUGCAAGCACAAAAGAAAUUCAUAAUUUGAUGGCUUCGCCUGGGCAGCAUUGCGUUGCAGCAGCAGCAGCAGCAGGAGCAGCCCGCCUACGACGCCAUCAGCAACUUCAGCAGCACAACAACAACAGCAGCAACAGCAACAGCAAUUACACCCGCAACAACAACAACAAACUGAUCUCCACAGCCACACUGACGCUGCUCAUACUCUGUCUGAGCAGCUGCAUAGCCUACGCCACGGCAGCAGCAACGUCGACGGAACCGCCGUCCACAAGGAGCCCGGACAGCGGCCCUCUGAGCGAUGAUUUUAACAGCAGCAGCGCCUUCCUGGGCGCCAUUGCAUCUGCCGCGAGCUCUGUGAACAGCAGCCCCAUUGCCAUUGUCAGCUAUCCGGGCAUCACGAGCAGCACUCCGAAUGGCAGCAGCAGCACGCUGGUGUCCAUGUCCGACACCCCGCUGCUGCUGGACGAGCUGGCUCCCGGCGAGGAGGAGUUCGAGCUGCCGCCGCUGCAAUCGGUGAUAGUGAGCAUCAUCCUGCUGAUUGUCAUCCUGGGCACUGUGGUGGGCAAUGUGCUCGUCUGCAUCGCCGUUUGCAUGGUGCGCAAGCUGCGACGGCCCUGCAAUUACCUGCUCGUCUCACUGGCACUAUCCGAUCUCUGCGUGGCCCUGCUAGUCAUGCCUAUGGCUCUGCUGUACGAGGUGCUUGAGCGCUGGAGCUUUGGCACGCUGCUCUGCGACAUUUGGGUGUCGUUCGACGUGCUCUGCUGCACCGCCUCCAUACUGAAUCUGUGCGCCAUCUCCGUUGACCGCUAUCUGGCCAUUACCAAGCCCCUGGAGUACGGCGUCAAGCGCACUCCGCGGCGCAUGAUGCUCUGCGUGGGCAUCGUUUGGCUGGCUGCCGCCUGCAUCUCGCUGCCGCCGCUGCUGAUACUGGGUAACGAGCACGAGGACGAGGAUGGCCAGCCCAUAUGCACAGUGUGCCAGAACUUUGCCUAUCAGAUCUAUGCGACGCUCGGCUCCUUCUACAUACCGCUCUCCGUCAUGCUGUUCGUCUACUACCAGAUCUUCAAGGCUGCACGGCGCAUUGUGCUGGAGGAGAAACGCGCCCAGACGCAUCUGCAGCAGGCGAUGAAUGGCACCGGCUCGCCGCAGACGGCGACAGCUCCUGCCCUGCCGCACACUGAGCUGGGCAGUGGCAACGGCGCUGGCCAUGGACACCGGCACAGCAGCAUAGGCAACACCUCGCUUACGUACUCCACCUGCGGCGGUCUGAGCACCAGCGGAGGGGGAUGCGGUGGUGGAGGAGGCGGCGUGGGCAUUACGCAUGGUCAUCAUGGCAGCGGCGGUGGCGUCAGCGGGUCAACGGGACUGCUGGGAUCUCCGCAUCACAAGAAGCUGCGCUUCCAGCUGGCCAAGGAAAAGAAGGCAUCUACUACGCUGGGCAUCAUCAUGUCCGCCUUUACCGUUUGCUGGCUGCCCUUCUUCAUACUGGCACUGAUCCGACCCUUUGAGACGAUGCAUGUGCCACCUUCGCUCUCCUCGCUCUUCCUGUGGCUAGGCUACGCCAACUCUCUGCUAAAUCCGAUUAUCUACGCCACGCUAAAUCGCGACUUUCGCAAGCCCUUCCAGGAGAUACUCUACUUCCGGUGCUCCAGCCUCAACACCAUGAUGCGCGAGAACUACUAUCAGGAUCAGUACGGCGAGCCGCCGUCGCAGCGCGUCAUGCUGGGCGAUGAGCGGCAUGGUGCACGCGAGAGCUUCCUGUGAAGCCAACGGAUCUCUGGAUACUUGGCUC